AUGGUCCGCGGAAGCUGGGGACGCAAAGAACGUGUUAAUCUUAUUGAAGAAUUCUAUAUGACAGGGUUGGAUAUGCUGGAUGUCAUGGAUGGAUUUGAUGACGAUAUAUGCGUUGCAGGUAAGAGUGAAGAGGCUGAUAACCUGGCCGUCACAGUCAAGGAAAUUGACGUGUCCGUGGUAGCAUCUUCUCUGCCCCCGCCACUUUCGAGCGCUGCUCUGCGACAACUCGAUUCGUUCAGCCAAAGAUGCCUCAAUGACUGA